CGCAGGCUGCUGGAGUCCAUGAUUCCUGUGAAGAUGAUUAAUUUCCCACAGAAGAUUGCAGGCGAGCUGUAUGGGCCCCUCAUGCUGGUUUUCACACUGGUGGCCAUCCUUUUGCAUGGGAUGAAGACCUCGGACACCAUCAUUAGGGAAGGCACACUGAUGGGAACAGCCAUUGGCACCUGCUUCGGUUACUGGUUGGGCGUCUCCUCUUUCAUCUAUUUCUUGGCAUAUCUGUGCAACGCCCAAAUCACGAUGGUGCAGAUGCUGUCACUGUUGGGCUACGGUCUUUUUGGACACUGCAUCACUCUCUUUGUCACCUAUAACAUCCACUUCCACUCCCUCUUCUAUAUCUGCUGGUUGGGUGUUGGUGGACUCUCUACACUACGAAUGGUUGCUGUGUUGGUGUCGCGCACCGUGGGCCAUACCCAGCGGCUCAUCCUGUGUGGGACCCUUGCUGCUCUGCAUAUGCUUUUCCUCCUCUAUCUGCACUUUGCUUAUCACAAGGUGGUAGAAGGUAUCCUGGACACAUUGGAAGGACCCAACGUGCCGCCCUUUCAGAGAGUUGCCAGAGACAUUCCAGUUGUUUCCAGUGCUAUAUUGAACACAACAGCCAAAGCCGUUGCAUUGACCCUGUAGUUUCACAGACUUGGGACUUGCUUCCUUCACUACUUUUGGGGCUGCAUAGAGCCGUAAUAACCUGCUGCCUCUUAGGAACAGGACAGAACAGCAGGAAGAAGACUUGGUGGUGUUUUCCUGGACCUGUCCUUUGGGUUGCAGUUUUGGGCAGC